AUGGCGAGAAUGCCUGCCAGCGGAGACACGGAGCAGGAACGGAUGAGCUGCCCCGAGAGGCGCAGGGAGCAGGAGGAUAACGAGGAGGAGGAGGAGGAGGAGGAGGAGGAGGAUGAAGAUGAGAUCCAGGAGGUCCAGAUCACCGGGGAGGAAGAGGACGAGGAGUCCGACAGGGAUGGCGUGGAGCUGGAGUGGGAGUCAGGGGGCACGGUGCUGGGCUCCAGCUGUUCCGCCGCGGAGAUGCGGGCGGUCGUUAUGCAGAGUAUGGACCGAGAAGAGGGGGGGGAGGCGGAGCCCUUCAGCGGCAGCGUCCCCGCUGAGCUGGAGUCUCACCUGGAGGGACACCUUCAGCGGUCCGAGCGGAACAGGCUGAGCGAGAACACCCGCCUGGCCACCCGGUACGCGGUGAGGAUCUUCAGGGAGUACCUUAGCGAGAAAGCCCAAAGUCCGGACUUUGAAACUCUGGACAAGGAGGCGCUUUGCGCGGUGCUGCGCUCCUUUUACGCGGAGGCGCGCUCCAAAAGUGGACAGCUGUACAGCAAGUCGUCCCUCAUCAGCAUCCGGAGCUCCCUGAAUCGGUAUCUGAACGAGCCGCCCUACUGCCGCACCUUGGACCUCACCAAGGACCCGGAGCUGCGCAGCGCCAACCUGACCCUGGCUGCGGUCAUACGGAGGCUGGAGGAGCAGGGCGCCGGUCCCGUGGUGCAGAAACAAGCCAUCACGCGCUCGGACCUGCGGAAACUGUACGAGUCCUCCGUGUUCAACACCGACACGCCGUUCGGGCUGCUCAACAAAGUGUGGUUCGAGACCUGUAUGUAUUUCUGCACCAGGGGCCGGGAAAACCAGCGGGAGCUUGAGGAGGACUCGUUCGGUCUGGCGGUGGACGAGGACGGGAGAAAGUUUGUCUAUUUUAAAGCGCUCGGACCGUACCACAAGUCCCGCUCCGCCGCCUGGACCAAGAAGCGUCCGGACGCGGACGAGGAUACCUUGCCGCGGAUGUACGAGACGGGCUCGGAGCAGUGUCCGUACGCCAGCUUCGUCCGCUACGUGUCGAAGCGGAACCCGCUCUGCAGGGCGUUCUUCCAGCGGCCGCGGGACCACUGCUGCGCGAGCGACGUGACGUGGUACGAGAACAAAGCUAUCGGCAAGAACCUGUUGGGCACGAGGAUGCAGAUGUUGUCGCGCGCUGCCAAGCUCUCCAAGACCUACACCAACCACUGCAUCGGCGCCGUCUCCAUAGCGACGCUCAACAGCAUCGUGGGCGCCGCGGGCUCCAGGACGACGACGACGACGACGACGCUUUACGUUGCCUCGGAAACGGUCAACGGCCACGCGCAGUCCCACCUCCAGCUCGUGAUCCCGUACCUCCGCCGGGUAACCGACGCUGCGGAUGUGAACCCGGCAGCAACGACAAUAAACUCAUCAACAUCAACAACGACAACGACAAAAAAAAGAGUCAGCGCCGAGGAGGACCCGGGGGCUCCUCGCGCCAAGAGACUGUGCGCGGGCCCGGGGACACGCGCGGAUUCGCCCGUAGAGCGGAAGGAGAACGAGCCGGUCCCCGCUAGAGCCGCGGAGUCCUGUAUACACACCCAGCCCGAGGGGCGGUCCCCGGUCGCUGUGCCCGCAAAGGUAACAAAGGACAUGUGGUCGCCCACACAACCUUCAAGCAGUAUGUCCAGUCAGCAGCAGGUCUCUGGGUCUCCUGUGUCUCCCCUGAGCUCUGCCGGCAUUCCCACGCCAGCCCAGCUCACUAAAACCAACGCACCCGUCCACAUCGAUGUCGGAGGACACAUGUACACCAGCAGCCUGGCCACCCUUACAAAGUAUCCUGAGUCACGGAUUGGUCGUCUGUUCGAGGGAACGGAGCCCAUAGUGUUGGACAGUCUUAAGCAGCACUACUUCAUUGAUCGGGAUGGCCCCAUGUUCCGCUACAUACUUAACUUCCUCCGGACCUCAAAACUCCUCAUCCCCGAUGACUUCAAAGAAUACUCCCUGCUCUACGAAGAGGCCAGUUUCUUUCAGCUGACGUCUCUGCAGGCUGAGCUGGAACUCUGGAGGACCGAGCAGGAAUGCGUGGGAUUGUCUCUGGAGUGCGAGUGUGUCGUCAUUCAUGUGGCUCCGGAGCUUGGUGAGAGGAUCAGCGUGAGCGCCCACCGGGCCGUGAUCCAGGAGGUUUUUCCUGAGGUCAGAGAUGUCAUAUCCAAUACCCUGAACACCAGCUUGGACCAGGAAUCCACGCACAUCAUUCGCUUUCCACUCAACGGCUACUGCCACCUCAACUCUGUCCAGGUGUUGGAGCGGUUACAGCAGAAGGGUUUCUGGAUCACAGGUUCAUGUGGUGGUGGAAUUGAUUCUUCCCAAUUUAGUGAAUACAUUCUACGAAGGGAAAGCCGAGGCAGCCGACACCCCCCGACCCUCAUCCGAAUAAAACAGGAAUUCAAGGACUGAGCAAACAGAAGUCCCCCUUUUUGCACACAUAUCAGUGACUGUUUCUCCCACUGACAGCAGAUUCACUUCAGCAAAGACUACAUA